AUGCACAUCAACUUGUUACCCACAAACAAGAUCAUAGUCUUUGAUGCCAAAGUUUACCGCACGUCCAGAAUUAGAUUACCCGAAGGGAUGCCAUGCGUUCCAUUCAGAGAUCCGGGCUCUACGGUAGACAAAUUCGAUUGCUUUGCUCAUGCAGUCGAAUACGACAUCGAGACAAACCAAGUUAGGCCACUCCAGGUAGCACAGGGAGAUCCAUGGUGCUCCAGCGGAGGGCUUGCACCUGAUGGUACCUUCGUGAGUACUGGUGGUUUUAACACCGGUGCGAAAACCGUUAGAUACAUGGGUCCUAACUGUCAAGGUUGUCAAUGGAGGGAAUACGACCAAAUUCUAGCAGCAGAUAGAUGGUAUGCAACUCAACAAAUCCUUCCAAAUGGAGACUUCUUUUUGAUAGGAGGACGCAAAUCAUUUAGCUACGAGUUCGUUCCAAGAGAAGGCCAAAAGAGCGAGAAACCCUACUUCUUCCCGUUCUUAUACGAAACCUCAGACUUUGACGAGAACAAUCUCUACCCUUUCGUCCACCUUUCCACUGAUGGUAACCUCUUCAUCUUCGCCAACAACCGAUCCCUUCUUCUCAACCCCAUCUCCCACAAAAUCGUCCGCACCUUCCCCGUCUUACCCGGUGGCUCCCGCAACUACCCCGCCUCCGGCAUGUCCGCCCUCCUCCCCAUUGACCUCAACGACCCCAACACCAAGGCUGAGAUCAUGGUUUGCGGCGGCAACAUUCCCGACGCCUUCCACAUUGCCGAGACAACCAAAGUCUUCCUUCCCGCUCUUCAAGACUGUAAUAGGUUGGUGAUUACGGAGCUUUAUCCUGAGUGGGAGACCGAGAUGAUGCCUUCAGGGAGAACAAUGGGAGACCUGUUGUUGCUCCCUAAUGGGCAACUGUUGCUGAUCAAUGGUGCAAGAAGGGGUACGUCUGCAUGGUGGGAUGCUGACAUGCCUAACUACACACCUGUCUUGUACACACCAGAGGAUCCCAAAGGUUUGAGGUUUAGAGAGCUUAAGCCAAGCCAGAUUGCGAGAAUGUAUCACUCUACUUCCACGUUGCUUCCCAGUGGCAAGAUUUGGGUUUCUGGAAGCAACACACACAAUACGUACAAGGACGUGGACAAGUUCCCAACUGAGACUAGAGUUGAGGCUUUCUCUCCUCCUUACUUGGAUGCCAACUUUGACGUGUAUAGGCCACAAAUUAACGAGGCUGCUUCGCAGAAAGAGAUGACGUAUGGUAGUUUGUUUGAGACUAGUUUCUCGGUGGAAGAUGGAGCUGGGUUGAACCAGAAUGAUCUUAAGGUGUCCAUGUAUUUCCCACCCUUCACCACUCAUGGUUUCUCCAUGGGACAAAGGCUCUUGUUUCUCAAGAUUAACGAGUUCAUCACAGACACCGUAGGGUUUUACAGGGUCAGAGUAGAGGCUCCACCAUCCAAUGUGAUUGCUCCCCCUGGCUACUACUUGUUAUUCGUUGUUCAUCGUGGCUUGCCUGGCAAGGCAAUGUGGGUGCACAUCCAAUAG